GCAACACCAAAAUUGUGUCAGUCCCAAGCGCACCGCCAACAAAUAACAAACAAAGCGAGUUUGUAUUAGGUGCUGCGCAGUUGAUACCGAGAAAAAUACACAUACAACAACCGAAAAUGGAUAAUGAAGCAACAGGCGCAGCUAUAGCGACCGGUGGUGCGCACAUCCAUAACCAGGACACAGAUGAACUGCUCGAUCCGGUAUUGUUCUCGGACGACAAUGGUUCAUUUAAGCUGAAAACUGUGCCCGCAUUCAGCAUACACUUGGUUAUCUCCACGGUCAUUUCAUGUGUGGGCAUUGGCCUGGGCGCGCUCUGGUCCGAGGAUCGCCGCUGCGAGGCCUACUUUAUAAUGCUCUACCUUCGCGCCACAUUCUGGUUGAUCACCUUCAUUUUCGAUCACUUUGUGAAAAAGCAACAUGACAAUUUACGCCUGAAUGGCUACCACGAUUUCCAUCGCGAUACGAACAUGCAGAAAGGAAUCCCACUGCAAAUUGUUUCACUGUGGAACUCUAUGCUGCUGGCCGUACAAGCGAUGAUCCAUCACUAUUAUGGCGAUCAGUUUUGGACGCACUGCGCCGCCGGCUGGCUGUCGCCUAUAAGCUAUGUCACCGCUUUUAAUGUGGCCGAGAAUUUGGUGCUCGCUGCCACCCAUGGCUGCUAUAUAGAUAAGGUUCGCAAAUUCAACAAGGCUAAGCUGUCGCCGGAUGUUUUGCGUGGUGCCGAUCGUGCCGGUGGCUCGUUGGGCCUUAUGCAGCCUGGCGGUGAUACAACCGAGCUGCUUGAGAAGCAAGCGGACCUCAUUGCCUACUUGAGGGAUCAUACCCACAAACUUAACCAGAAGCUGCAUCAAAUGCAAACGAAUGUGCGUCCAGUGCGUGUGCCGCAAAUCCCUUAAAAAUCAUAUAAAACCUGACAAGCAAUACGUAUUCCUUAGCAUCCUACAUAAAAUAUAAAUAUACAUUUUAUACAUUAAAUUUUGAUUUCUA